AUGGGGCUGAAAUGUGUCAGAAGCUACCACUUCCCGGAGUGGGCGUACAAGACGGAGUCGAGCCCGGGCUCGCGGCAGAUCCAGCUGUGGCACUUCAUCCUGGAGCUGCUGCAGAAGGAGGAGUUCCGGCACGUCAUCGCCUGGCAGCAGGGCGAGUACGGCGAGUUCGUCAUCAAGGACCCCGACGAGGUGGCGCGGCUCUGGGGGCGCCGCAAGUGCAAGCCCCAGAUGAACUACGACAAGCUCAGCCGCGCCCUCAGAUAUUACUACAACAAGAGGAUCCUGCACAAGACCAAGGGCAAAAGAUUCACCUACAAAUUCAACUUCAACAAACUGGUGAUGCCCAAUUAUCCCUUCAUCAACAUCCGACCCAACGGCGUGGUCCCGCAGAGCGCCCCGCCGGUGCCCACGGCCUCGUCCCGCUUCCACUUCCCGCCGCUGGAGCCGCACUCGCCCACCGAGGAGGCCGCGCCGCGCUUCGCGCCGGGCUCGCUGCUGCCGCCGCACGCCGAGGCGCUGCCGGACCCCGACAGGAAGCCGGAGCCCGCCGAGCUGGAGGAGAACGCCCCGGACUGGCGCCGCGAGCUGCUGGCUCCGUCGCACGCGGCGGCCGGCGGCGCGGCGGCCGCGGGGCCCAAGCGCAAGCCCGAGGUGGUGCUGCCGCUCUUCUCCCGACCCGGCGUGUUCCCCGAGCACCCGCACAGCCCCUUCGCCGUGUCGCCGCUGCCGGGCCGCCCCGGCGUGCUCAACGUGCCCAUCUCGCCGGCGCUGUCGCUGACGCCCACGCUCUUCUCCUACAGCCCCUCGCCGGGGCUCAGCCCCUUCGCCGCCGCCGGCAGCAGCUGCUUCUCCUUCAACCCCGAGGAGAUGAAGCACUACCUGCACUCGCAGGCCUGCUCCGUGUUCAACUACCACCUGAGCCCGCGGACUUUCCCCCGCUACCCGCUGGUGGUGCCGCCGCUGCAGUGCCCGGUGCCGCUGGAGGAGCAGCCGCAGUUCCCCAUCAAGCUGCAGCCGCCGCCCGCCGGCCGCAAGAACCGCGAGCGGCUGGAGAGCCCCGAGGCCGCCGACGCGCCGCUGCCCAGGGUGAAGGUGGAGCCGGCGCUGGAGAAGGAGGAGGAGGAGAAGAUCCCGGAGAAGCGCGACAAGGAGGAGGAGGAGGAGGAGGAGGAAGAGGAGGAGAAGGUCCCGGUGUUCGCCCGCCCGGCGGCUCCGGCGUGGAUGCCCGUCCCCGCUCAGCCCGGCUCCUCCGCGGAGGAGAGCGCGGAGAAAACCGCCCGGGAUUGCUCCGGGGACGCCGGGAGCCAGGAGAGGAGGGAGGACGCCCUGAUGCCCCCCAAGCUGCGGCUGAAGCGCCGCUGGAACGGAGAUUCCCGGCAGGAAACGGCCGAGGAUUCUCGGCCCAACGGGAUCUGGCACCUCCCCAAAGCCGUGGCCGCCGCCUCCGACACCUAAUCCCGGCUGGAACACAAAAACCUUGGAAAACA